CUGAGAGCCAACAGGAGCAAAGCGCUGUAACGUGAGGAGGCCAGCUUUAGAGAUACGCCCCAGACAAGCAGUGUAAAUGAUAUUGGACUGGCCUCCUUUCCUGCCAAACUGCAACCACCUCAUGCCGACGAUGAAAAUAUGGCAGCUGGAAGAGCAAAGUCUGUCCGUCGUGUUGGGAGUCUAAUGCGGAGUAAGUCUGAGGGGACGUUGAUUGACUUGGACGUCAAUGUUUCAGCCAGUGACAACUUGAACGGUGGGUAUGUGACACGAAUAACCCAGAACUCCGAGUGGCCACUUUUACAGCCAGAAGUCGCGCUUUCAUCUCAAUCAAAAAACCCCUUUUGGAACAAACUGUCCGGAUCAAAUCCUUUCCUGGAUGACAUUGUACACGGCAGCACAGACAAGCACAUUUCCAACACAUCAGACGUAAAACAAGACAACGAAAAGCAUUUAGACACGAAUAACGAUGACGCCGUCAGCACAUCUUCUGAUGAAGGCGACUUGGGAGACUUUUUGGAAAAGAAGCACAAAGCCAGCAACAGAUCUGGGAGAUGGAGAAGUGCCUCAGAUAUUCUGGAUGAUCUGGAGAGAAAAGUGCCAAAACGGGCAAACAGCUUCCGGCCGCCCGAGCCGGUGCUGAACCCAGAUUUUGAGUGGCUAAAGAAUGACCGAGAGGCCUAUAAGAUGGCCUGGCUGAGCCACAGGCAGCUAACCCGCUCGUGUCUGGACUUAAAUCUGAUGAGCCAGAGUCCAGGGUGGGCUCAGACCCAGGCCACUGGCUUUCAGGUCAUCAGCAAGAUCGGCCACGCUGGAGGCUCGGUACGUUUACCAGACUCAGAAAUUAGCAUCCAUAUCCCGGAAGGCCAUGUUCCUCCUGGGGAUGUCCAGGAAGUUACACUGAAAGCAAUGCUAGACCCUCCUCCUGGACUCAAUAACAACUAUAUGACAACCAUGAGUCCACUUCUAGAGGUGGUCCUCAGCAACAUCAACACAAAGAAGUGUAUCUCUCUGGACAUUAAACUGUCUGGAGAUGUGAAGAGUGAUCCAAUAAGUCAGGUGAUGACUAGUGUGGUCGCGAUGGUGUCCAACAAGAGAGAGGGACCUUAUCUUAAAGUGAACAACUGUUACAUUCACAAGAACAUGAUGCAGAUAACGCUCCAGGACCUGAAGACACAUUUUUACGUGGUUGCAGUCGCAGAGGCCUCUGCAGUCCAGUCCCCGGCCACAUCAGUGUGGGAUUAUCUUGACCGUCAAGUCACGGUAGCAGUUUAUGGCCCCAGGUACAUCCAUCCAUCAUUCAAGGUUGUAAUAGUGGUUUGCUGUCACGAGGACGUCCCCACGAAGCUUCCGUUUUCAGUCACCUGCAGAGGGAACAAGAACUUGCCUCCACUCGUGCUGCAGCUUUGGGGCAAACACGGUUUUAAACCAGACAAAGUGAACGACCUGCAUGUCGGGAUUGACCUCUCAGACUCUGUGUUUAAAAUCAAACCUGAGGAGAGACUGAAAGAAGUGAGACAAAGUCAGCUCAAAAUAGGGACUGUUUUGCAUCUGCCAGUUGCGUUAUCUUGUGCUAGUAAUACAGAAAUGACUCCGUUUAAAUUAGAUCUGCAAGUGAAGGAAGCCAACGCUGACACUGUUGCACAUUUCCAGGUGCUUUCCCCUCCCGCAGCACCCAUAAGAUCAGAGAAGCGAGUGCCAAGGCCGAUAGAGAAGCGGAUUGAAAUGGCAAGAACCUCACCUAUUCCUGAGGAAAGUGUUCCGGAUUUCCCCAAAUUCACUGACAGACCUGUGCCUCUAGACUGGUAUGGUGUCGCCCUAAAGUCAGUUCUCCGUCAGCCACGUGUUGACUACCUCCUGGAGUAUUUCAAGGGGGACACUGUGGCUCUCCUAUCCAGAGAGACUGUUAGGUCGGUGGGUAACUCAAAAGUAAAGGAGUGGUAUAUCGGGUUCCUCCGUGGCAGGACUGGUUUGAUUCACUGCAAAAACGUCAAGCUCAUAACCAGAGACCAAGUGAUCGACUUCACCGGCAUUCAGAUCACCACAGAGGUCCUCCUGGACAACAUGACUCUGCCCUUCAAGAAGCUUACUUACAUGUACUCGGCCAUCCAGACGCUGAUCACUGAGCACAUAACCAGCUGGAGAGCUUUUGCUGAUGCUUUAGGGUACAGCAACCUGUCGCUGGACUCCAUCACGCGGAGGUAUGCCGAAACUGAGGCCGAUAAAGUGGCCUGCGUGCUGGAAAAGCUGAAAGAAGACUGCCACGCCGAGAAGACCAGGAAGAAGUUCCUGCACGAGCUUCUGGUGGGUCUGUUAAAGAUGGACUCUGUGAAUCUUGUGGCCCAGCUGAUACAGAACACAGUCAUCCUGUCCACUGCCGUGGAGCUGGGAAUCCGAUGGCGGGAGCUCGCUGAGAAGGCCGGAAAACUCUCCAGCACUCACAUAGCGGGCUAUGAGGCACCGCACCGAGGGAAGGGCGGAGAAGUCAGUCCCCAGUCCAUGUGGAAGCCUGCUUAUGACUUCCUGUACUCCUGGAGUCUGCGUUACAGAGACAGCUACAGGGACAUGAUCCAGGAUCUGCACCUGGUCCUGGACAAAAUGAAAAACCCCGCCACCAAACAGUGGAGGCUGCUGACCGGUGCCCUCAUCACAGUGAACUGCCUCGACAUCUUUCGAGCCUCCGCAUACCCAAAGUCCUAAACUUUAUGCAAACGCACUCGUGACCACAGCGACCUCCACGCACCUGGGAAAAGCGGAGGCAGGGAGGUUUUGUUAUCCUGCAACAAGGUUUUGAUGUUUUUGUUGUUACUCGCCUCCUUUUUUUUGCUGUAUACUUUAGCUUGCUUUGAUUUCAUGCGCAUUUUUACACAAGAAAUUAGAAGCAACUUUUCUGAAACUCAGUCAGGUACUUGCACUAUAUGUUUAGAUCCCACUUGGUGAGUGUAAAAUAUGUUCUCACAAGUUUUGAGCUGUGAAGGAAUGUCACUCGAUGUUGCAAACAGAAGAAAAGGACGUUUAGUUUGUCACUUUUCCUCUAGUGUGUCUGUGCAAAUGUGAUGAAGCCUUAAAGUAAGUUUUUGUGAAAUGUUCAUGAGGUCAGUAGUUCAGCCAUCUUUGGUAUCAGUAAUCUCAACUUGUGUAUCCCCUUGGCUUUUAAUAGUAGGCUGCUACUAGAUAGAAAUCUGCAUUACUGAACAAGCAGGUUUCUACGUUGUUAUUUAUGAAUGUAUAUGAUUAGAUUUCUUAUACUACUUUACUUAAAUCACUGACUGUAUUCAGUUUGAUUUUUAUUGGGAUCAAUGUGAUCAGUGGGACUUUAAGCUUUUCCUAUUUAAUGAUAUUCAACCGAGUAGUUGAAUGAACAGUCUGAAAACUAAGAAUGUGAACACUGUUGCUGACUAACAGUCUGAGGGCCUGCAGUGCGCUGAGCUGUGCUGAAAGUUGAGAAUGUUCUACCAAAGUGAAAUUUUCCUGAUGCCAGCGAACAAGCCUUAAAGAUGCCACUGUACAUGUGCCAUAAACUAUCGCUGUCUUAAAUAUUACUGUGCUAUUUUUAUAAUGUAAUGUAAAUGUAUUAGAUGUGUACAAAGCAGAUGUUGAUGUUUGUAUGAUCAGAUUGCCAAAUGGAAACCUUGUAUCUUAGAGUGGUGCCAUACACAGUAAGCAGUGCCUUCAUUCACUGAAAUGUGAGACAACCAUUGCUAUCCUUGAUCCUGAAAUAGAGUUGUGUUGCAUUAGAUGUGAAUAAAAGUUACUGCAGAAAACUCU